GUCAGGUCAGGUCGGCUUCUCGGCGCAGGAUGAAAGCUUGACUCGGAACGAGACAAUUAAGAGCCCACAGCAGCUGGAUGUUAUUGAGGAGGAGGAGGAUGCCGAUGGGCAAGAUGGUGCGGAACUUGGCGCUCCUCCUCCUGCCCCCCAAAUUUGACCGUGACACCGUGACUUAGUCCAUAUUUGGCAGGAAGGCAAAAGCCCACAAAAUUCCAUUCAGCAAUCAGGGAAAGACCGGAAAGAGGCAAACUUUGGUGCUCAAGAGGGCUUACAACAGACCGCUGGGUCGUUUGUAGGUGAGGGGUUAUGUUGUUGUUUAAUAGACUUAUAAUAUAAUAAUUAAUAAUAAUGAUGAUGAUAAUAUGUGACCAUAAAAACUGAAGAAUUUUUAAUUUACCAAUUUUAGGAAAUAGGUGGGCCAAAGGAGGCUAUUUGGAUGUCAAGUAAAUUCAAAAUUAAUAUAAACAUUUUUGGUAUGAUUCUCCUGUUCUUUGAUUAGUGUUUUCAGAAUUUUGCCCGAACCAUGAAGCCAAACGUUUUUCACGAAUUUGUCGUUCCUAUGACAACCAUUGUAAUCAACAUUGUUGCUGUUUUUUUUCUUCUAAAAUACAAAAAGCAAGCAAUGUCGCCUGUGCAUGCUAUUUGGCACAUUAACUCGAGAACAGAAAGUUACUUUGCGACGUAAAAAAAAAAAGACGUGGUCGUGUUCAUCCGGGUUCUUUGUCGUUGCUACGACGACCAACUCAAACAGCACCCCGGACAGCGAUAAAGUUGCCACUGUCAUGUCGGCUAAUCCGGAGCCCGACCACGACGUUUCCAACGAAAUCCUGACCGUGUUUAGGGGAUCCUCCCCGGAGGACGUGACCCACGCCCGGAAGCUCUGGAGCUCCCUGUGCAUGCCGACGCCGCUCGAGUCUCGCCUGGUGGCGGCGGACAUCCCGCAAAGGUUGCCCGUGUCUCGGCCGGAGCGAAGCGGUCACCCGGAGCCACGCCGCGCAGAUCCGCCCAACCAGGACGCCGCGCAGCAACGGGAGGAUGAGCGGCAGCGCUACAUGGCCAUGGCGGCCCAGAGGAAGGAGACACUUGCUCUACUCCGGCGCCAGAGAGAGCAGAGGAUCCAGAAGGAGCUGCUCUCUGCGGCCUUUAAACCCAAAGCGCCCCGCGACAAGGCGCCCAAAGACAAGACGAACGAGUUGAACAUGGAAGAGGAGAUGGUUAGGGAACUGGAUUGAACCGCGUACCUUGAACGCACCAUAAAGUCGACAAGAAAAACACAGCAAUGAGAUACUGAACGCACCACCAACACAAUUUAAUUGGAAGAACUCGAGGCCCUGUGUGCACCAGAAUACAUACCUAGACGCCCUGAAUGCACCACUUAUCCCUAGUCCAUAAUACCUGGAGGUCUUUGACCCACCAUACAACAACCAAUGAGUUGAGUUGAAGUCUGAAUGAAAUGUUUAACACAAAAAAAAAAAAAC